GGGAUCGGGACCGGUUGGGAAGCAGGACCGGCCUGGAAGGAGGGAGACCCGGUGGAUUUGGCCUGGUUGACCUCUGACCCCGAGCCUUGGCCCCCCAGCCCUCCACCGGUCCUCCCAUCCUCGGACGGGGGGCGCAGGGGGCAUCAGAGGGUCCCCCCCCAGUCCCUCAGCCUGGACAUGGACGGGUGGCACUGCCCCGGCUCCCCCGUGCCCACCUCCGCCCCGUAGGCCCGGCGAUGCUGGGGCCCAGCGGCCCGGCCGCCUGGCACCCGGGAGGACCGGGGGUCCGCGGGUGAGGCGCCAGCCCCGACCAUGGAGCCCCUGAAGAACCUGCUCCUCAAGACCCCCCUGGGGUCCUGGAACGGCGGGGGCAAGGGGGACGGGUCCCCCAAACCCGCCUACGCCAACCCCGUGUGGACGGCCCUGUUCGACUACGAGGCCAGCGGGCGGGACGAGCUGACCCUGCGCAAGGGGGACCGCGUGGAGGUCCUGUCCCGGGACGCCGCCAUCUCCGGCGACGAGGGCUGGUGGGCCGGGAAGGUCGGGGACCAGGUGGGCAUCUUCCCCUCCAACUACGUGUCCCGCGGGAGCCCCCCGCAGCCCGAGGUGGCCCGCUUCCACGAGCUGCGGCUGGAGGAGGUGAUCGGGGUCGGGGGCUUCGGGAAGGUGUACCGGGGCAGCUGGCGCGGGGAGCUGGUGGCCGUCAAGGCCGCCCGCCAGGACCCCGACGAGGACAUCAGCGUCACGGCCGAGAGCGUGCGCCAGGAGGCCCGGCUCUUCGCCAUGCUGGCCCACCCCAACAUCAUCGCCCUCAAGGCCGUCUGCCUGGAGGAGCCCAACCUCUGCCUGGUCAUGGAGUACGCGGCCGGCGGGCCCCUGAGCAGGGCCCUGGCCGGCCGACGCGUGCCCCCCCACGUCCUGGUCAACUGGGGGGUGCAGAUCGCCCGCGGGAUGCACUACCUGCACUGCGAGGCCCUCGCCCCCGUCAUCCACCGGGACCUCAAGUCCAACAACAUCCUGCUGCUGCAGCCCGUGGAGGGGGACAACGUGGAGCACAAGACCCUGAAGAUCACGGACUUCGGCCUGGCCCGCGAGUGGCACAAGACGACCCAGAUGAGCGCGGCCGGCACCUACGCCUGGAUGGCCCCCGAGGUCAUCAAGGCCUCCACCUUCUCCCGCGGCAGCGACGUCUGGAGCUUUGGGGUGCUGCUCUGGGAGCUGCUGACCGGGGAGGUGCCGUACCGGGGCAUCGACGGACUGGCCGUGGCCUACGGCGUGGCCGUGAACAAGCUGACGCUGCCCAUCCCCUCCACCUGCCCCGAGCCCUUUGCCCAACUCAUGGCUGAUUGUUGGGCACAAGACCCGCACCGGCGGCCGGACUUCGCCUCCAUCCUGCAGCAGCUGUCGGCGCUGGAGGCCCAGGUGCUGCGCGAGAUGCCGCGGGACUCCUUCCACUCCAUGCAGGACGGCUGGAAGCGCGAGAUCCAGGGCCUCUUCGACGAGCUGCGAGCCAAGGAGAAGGAGCUGCUGAGCCGCGAGGAGGAGCUGACGCGGGCGGCGCGCGAGCAGCGGUCGCAGGCGGAGCAGCUGCGGCGGCGCGAGCACCUGCUGGCGCAGUGGGAGCUGGAGGUGUUCGAGCGCGAGCUGACCCUGCUGCUGCAGCAGGUGGAUCGCGAGCGGCCGCACGUGCGACGCCGCCGCGGCACCUUCAAGCGCAGCAAGCUCCGGGCGCGCGACGGCGGCGAGAGGAUCAGCAUGCCGCUCGACUUCAAGCACCGCAUCACCGUGCAGGCCUCCCCCGGCCUCGACAGGAGGAGAAACGUCUUCGAGGUCGGAGCCGGGGACUCUCCAACCUUCCCCCGUUUCCGGGCUAUCCAGUUGGAGCCGGGGGAAGCGGGGCAGGUCUGGGGGCGGCAGUCUCCCCGACGCCUGGAAGAAAUGGGAAACGGGGACCGCCGACCGUGCUGGGCCUGGGGACCUGGCUCUCCCAAGCCGGGGGAGGCGCAGAAUGGGAGGCGACGCUCCCGGAUGGACGAGGCCACUUGGUCCCUGGAGUCCGAAGACCCUUCCCCUUUGGGGUCUCCCUCUACACCUCCCACGCUCAACGGUGACGCCCGGACCCCUGAGCCCGAAGAGCCGCGGCGCCACGGCCCCCCGGAGCGGAGCGGGACCCCCAAAAUCAUCCAGCGCGCCCUGCUGAGGGGCACCGCUCUGCUGGCCUCCCUGGGGCUAGGCCGCGACCUCCAGCAGGCCGGCGGCGGGGGCGGCGGGGGCGGCCGGACCAAGGGGGAUCCCCCAGCCGAAGAGGAGUCCCCUCCAUCCCCCCUCAUCCGCUUCUCCCCCAAAGCCCCCGAGGCUCCAUCCUCUCCCUUGAACCCUGACCCCAAGGAGCCCCCCGGCCCCCUCCUGCUGGACCUGGGGACCCCCGCAGGACAGCCUUCGGCCAAGAGCCCCCGGAGAGAGGAGGAGGCAAGGGGUGGUGCCGUCUCCCCGCCGCCGCCGCCGCUGGGGUCCCCCCGGCCGUCCCCCGGGACGCCCCGCUCCCCGACCCCGGGCCUCAUCAGCCGGCCCCGGCCCUCCCCGCUCCGGACCCGCAUCGACCCCUGGAGCUUCGUGUCGGCCGGCCCCCGCGCCUCCCCGUUGCCCUCCCCGCAGCCCGCGCCCCGUCGGGCCCCCUGGACUUUGUUCCCGGACUCGGACCCCUUCCGGGACACCCAGCCUUUCGCCCCGGGGCCCGGGAGCCCGGGCUCCCCUUGGGGCUGCCACAGCCAAACCAAAGAGGCCGCGGCCCAGGCUCCUUGGGGCGCCGCAGGGCCGCAGGGGAGUCCUUGAGCCAGGGGGCCGUGCCCCCCGCCCCCCGGGCACCCUCAGGGACCUUCGGCCACACUGGCAGACCCUGACCCCGGGCAGCCCGAGAGAAGGGAAGGUGGGGGUGCCCCUCACCCGUGCUGCCCGGGGCCUCCUCGUACACUGGAAAGGGGGUGCGGGCCGGCCCCUCGCCUCGUCCCUUGGGGUCGCCGCCCUGACGGGGGCUGAUCCGGACUUGGGGGGGGCCCGGCUUUCUACCCAGGGGAGGGGCAGGGCGCCCGCCCCCGGAACACUACACUGCACCUGAAGCCUCUACACUGGACUGGGGGACCGCCCAGGUUGCCCCACUGCCGCGGAGGACGGGGACCCCGCCGCCGUGAGAGCCGGCCGUCUUGGGGAGGAACAGGACCUGUCUCAGGGAAUUGCCCCCCUGCACCCUCCCCCACCGCCCAGGUCAGUCCCUGUCGCUUGGUGGCCGGGGAUGGCACGUGGGGGACACGGGCCGAACCCAAGUUGAAGUGCGAGCCGGCCCCACCACCUGCCAUCACCAGCACUUUGACCACGUCCGUCUACUGAUUCCCACCCCCCCAUCUUUCUCCAGCCCGGGGCUGGAGAUUAUAAGCGGGAGAAGGGAGCAGGGGGAAGCUGUGGGGGUGGGUGGUCUGCCCUCCCCGCCGACGUCGCAGACCCUCGCCCCGCCUGGCUGUGCCUGAACCUCUGCCCGCCCCACGCCACCUCCGCCAGGCCAGAGGUUGAGAGAAUCCACGCCUCCAAGGGUCACAGCCUGUGGACUUCUACUGAAACCAAAUAAACUCUUAAGCUGUCUCCA